AUGUUUCGCAGUAUAGCCCGAUGUCCUGUAGCCUUGCGCGCCUGCAAUGUCAGGACCAGAGCUGUACAGAGGGCGUUUGCCACCAGUCCAUCGAAACCACAGCAACUCCCUGGUGAAGAUGAGCGGACUACGCACUUUGGCUUCGAGACCAUCUCCGAAGCUCAAAAGGAGGGGAGAGUUGGCGCGGUCUUUUCCUCGGUAGCCUCAUCCUACGAUACCAUGAACGACCUGAUGUCUCUGGGGAUCCACCGGCUUUGGAAGGACUAUUUCGUCCGGACCCUGAACCCUGGCAGCAGAAAUGGUGAAUCCGGCUGGAACAUCCUAGAUGUCGCUGGAGGAACUGGCGACAUUGCCUUCCGCAUGCUCGAUCACGCCACGAAUGUGAACCUCGAUCUGAAAACGAGAGUUACGAUUGCAGAUAUCAACCCAGACAUGCUGGCGGAGGGUCGCAAGAGGGCGCUCGAAACACCAUAUGGACACUCUGGACGGCUAUCGUUUAUGCAAGCAAAUGCCGAGUCCAUGCCAUCAAUUGAAUCUGAUUCUAUCGAUCUCUACACGGUGGCGUUCGGCAUCCGGAACUUUACGAACAAAGAUGCAGCCAUCCGCGAGGCAUUUCGAGUCCUCAAGCCCGGCGGCGUGUUUGCCUGCCUUGAAUUUAGCCACGUCAAUAGCGCCUUGUUCAACGCAGUCUACAAAAGGUGGAGCUUUGGGGCUAUCCCACUGAUAGGCCAACUCGUCGCUGGGGAUCGAGACAGCUAUCAAUACCUUGUCGAAAGUAUCGAACGAUUUCCAUCCCAGGAAGAGUUCAAGGCAAUGAUUCAAGAUGCUGGGUUCGUCACACCCGGAGAAGGAUACGAGAAUCUUACUGGUGGCAUCGCCAGCAUUCACCGAGGAGUUAAGCCAUUAUAG